AAAAUGGACCAAAUCUUACCUCCUCAAAACCUUUUAAUGAUGAUGAAUUUAUUCUAAGAGUCAAUGAAGCAUUUGAUUCUACUUAUGGAAAACCUUUUGCCAAAGAAAGCCUUCAACAAGCAACAAAAUGGCUGCAUUUCCAAAGUCUGGUUGUAUCCAAAUUCACUGCAGGAAGAGAACCUACCUUGGGAGUGCAGAUUUCACAAUAUCUCAAUAAUGAAGUCCCUCAUGGAUUUCACCUCUGCAUGCCCAAUGGAAGCAUUGUCAUUCCAAAGGGAUUACUUUUACUUGUCACAAUCAUUCACCUUUAUGCAAUUAGAAUUGUCAUUUUCUCCACAUGUAAAAAACCAGUUGAAAUUGACCCAGGCAGAGAUAGAAUUUGUCAUACACAAACAGCUACAAUACAUAUGGACACAGUCACAUUAAUGAUCUCACCACCUGCAGUCAAAAGGUUUCAAGGAGCAGCUCCUAAGCAAAAGGCACUUGUUGAUUAUGCAUCAAUUGAAGUAAUGGAAGAAUAUAUGACAGCUAUUUCAAUGAAUAUUGCUACUUUAGCUACUACUCCUUCACAGGAUUCUG